CUCCACCACUGCAGUGCACCACCACCACCACUACUACUGCCUGUGAUCGUAUUUCACUUUUUGGGGUGCUGCCAGUGUCCUAGUCUCGGCUCAAACCAUAUCUUGCUGCCGCUGCAAGUAUUGUUCAUCAUCAGCAGGAAGCGUGGCGAUCAUCAGUGGGCGAUUCGUUGGCCCACCGGUCGACAGGCUAUCAGCGAACACAUCUGACAGGCAUAUUGAUGCGCCUCUGAGAUCUCUCAGCACCACGACGGGCACUGCAACUCAUCAAUUAAUCGUGCUUCCGGCUUGACCGAUUCGACGACGACCACGACACUGACACCCACCAAGACCUGCUAAACCCCGUUUCCGGCGAGCGUCCACUACGAGUCUCCCGCUGCGACUGUCUGGUGUCGUCCGGGUGUCCACCAAAGCUGAACGAGCGAGCGGCUGCAGCUCGGUUCGUCCAACCCAUCCUCGAUCAGUCCCUUUUCUCUGCUGCACAUCUCCUGCGAGGCUCUCAUCUUUCCUCCAAUAAUUUGAACACCAUUCUCUCACGAAGUCAAUUCCUCUACUAGCAUUACUGGUUCCACCCGAAACCCUUCCACAACGGUACCAAAUACUUGGGGCCAGUUUUGAGGUCUGAAGCUCCAUCGCUUUCUGACACGCAUACAGACACAGAGCGGGUACGACGUUAGCCCAGCCUGCUGCUCCGAGUCGUCUCUGAGCAGCGUUAGCGGCCGUCGCCGUCGCCGUCCUGAUCCUCCUCCUCUCCUUCCCGAGCCUAUCGCGCGCUCCCCUCUGCAAGAAUAUCAACUGCAGCGGGCAGGUCCUUUAUCAGUAUCGGCGGCAGCAUUAUACCAUCCAACAUCAACACAUUGUCCAGCUGUUAUCAUACAAAUCGAUAGCUGCUAGAGUCACUGAUUUCUCGGGCAUGGUCACCAUUCCUGCUCCUGUCAUUGUCGUUAUCGCCACCACUAACGAAGUUGACUGGUCUCGGUUCAGCCGCCAAACUUGAACUCCUCGGCAAAAUCGUCAUUUCGCAGGGCACAAUUAGGACAGCCGCCCCAGUUUUCCCAUCGUUGAUUACCUCUUGACGGACGGACCAGACAUGAGGAGGUCGUAGUAGCAAAGAAACAGGAAGGAAAGGCGAGAAAUAAGAUCAGAAAGCUUGCCUUCUUGGGUGGGAUUGCCAGCCAAACCCCGUCGGCCGCACUUCUGCACGCUCUCACACUUCCGCCGCAGCCCGCACCUCUUCUUGUCAACUUGGCUGUGCUCUCAGGCUGUGUGUGAUCCGCGCACCCACCAGAGACAACUGCAGGCAUAGCAGGCCACCACCACUCAAGCGCCUCUUCUUCUUCCUAGGUUACCCCCGAGCUGCCCGCUGCAGCCAUCGCCCUCUCCUCCACCCUAUCGUCUAUGUGCCAUCGCGAGUGGUCGAGCAUCACCCUCGUCAUCCUCGCUACCACUGCACGCCUACACGCUUUUCGCGGCGCGCCUUCUUAGGAGUCUCUGUUGCACCUCGAUCGUCCUUUGUAGCACCUGUGCUCGAAAGGCGAGGACUUUUCAGACGCAGGCACCCUCCCCAAUCUCUGGGUCACCCGGCUUUGUGCUGCUCUGCAGCUCCCUGGCGCGCGCGCGCUGAUGCGAAGCCUGCGCAUCACCAACACCAGAAGCACCACCACCACCGUCACCGCCGCCGUCACGUCCCCUUCGCUCCAGCCCUGGAAUGUCUAUUUACCCGCCAACUCGUCAGUCUACAAAUGCUUUGAGUGUCGGCGACAUGAGUGAUGGUUCAGGAACCAUCAAUCCUGCGGCUUUGAACGCUAGUGGGCUUACACAAUCUUCGAGCGAACCGGCACCUCGAGGCAUUAAAAGAAGCAGAUCUCCCGAACAGUAUGGCGAAUAUCAGCACGCGGAGGAAGAAGGUCCUCGCAAACGCGGUCGCCCUUCAAAAACACCACGAACUUCUGGCGACUACAGCUCGCAUAUUGAGUCGCUCCCAACACCAUCCAGCCAGACGUCACCCGACCUGACGCAAACCCCGAAGACCCAACCGGGAGGUCGCAACACGUCGGCGACGCCAGCGCAAGCCUCGCCGCCGCGAACAAUUCCAAAAUCCACGAUCAAAGCACUGCCAACGGUUAGAGACCACACUAGCGAUGUACUUCAACCAGAAGGCGAUGAAUUUGUACCCCGUGAGUACGACGAAGAGGGCGAGAAGAAGGUGGAUGCGCUGGGAUACCUCCAGGGCGGUCGGGAGUACAAAAUCAGGACAUUCACCCUGCCCGGAAGAGGUCAAAAGCUGUUCAUGUUGGCCACCGAGUGCGCGCGCCAGCUCCAGUACCGCGAUUCGUAUCUCCUGUUCAACAAAAAUCGCUCUUUGUUCAAAAUCAUUGCCAGUGCGAAGGAGAAGGAGGAACUGGUCAACCAAGAGAUCCUGCCAUAUUCCUACAGGUCGCGUCAAAUAGCGGUGGUCACCGCCCGUUCGAUGUUUCGCCAAUUUGGCAGUCGCGUCAUCAAAGACGGUCGUCGAGUUCGAGAUGAUUACUGGGUGGCAAAGGCCAUCAAGCAGGGAUUCACCGAACAGGACGCGGCAGGCGAGAAGCGACCUGGGGCUGCUAAAGCCCGGGAGCUCGCGGCUCAAGAUCAACUCAAUGCAAGGGCCAACGUCGCUGCCAGCUAUGGUGAUGUGGUGUACAGCAACGGCCCUGGCUACGGCGCAGUGCAGCCUCCUCCCCUUCACUCUGGAAUCGCCUCGACCAUGGCUCAGUUGGCAUCAUUUGAUGCAGCUUAUGACUCGAGGUUCAAGGACAUCCCCCGUCCUAGGCAGGAACUCACAGGCCCGCCAUAUCAGGACAUUACUCGGUCGACCACUGAUAUUGAACUUGCGACCCAGGCGGGCCACGCCGCAGAGUUCAGCAAGACCAUCAACCAGCAGAAUCGUUACCGCCGUAGCCUCGUCGAGGACUAUUGGCGCAGACCACAUGAACCGCCGGUGUCGACGCCGCCACCAGCAGAACCUGAAGUCCCAACCACCAGUCAUCAAUUCUCCUCUCCGCGCUUCAAUACGAGCGAUCUGCCGUCCACACAAGCAAACACUAUGUCUCACCAGGCUCAGCAGUCCCAGUCGUCAAUGAACCCUCCCUCUUUCCCUCACCAACAACCACCUCUUCAAUCUCCGGUACGCCAACCAAGCCUACAACAACCAUUUCCGCGGGAUAGCUCUCAGUUUCCACCACAGCAUCCACAGUUUCAAAGAUCCCCAUCGGCUUUGUCUCUCUCACAGUCAUCCCAACAACCACCAAUGCAAUACGGCGGCGGCGCCUACUCACCUCACGGGAUGAACCAGCAACAGCAGCAGCCGCCGCCGCCGCCACCACCACAGAAUUGGGGGGCACCACCGCCGCAACCUCAGCAGUCCCCUGCUUUGCACCGUAUGACUACGCCUCAAUUUUCUCCUAGUCUUUCGCAGGGUCAAAUCCCCUCGCCCUUACCCGGAGGUACUCAUCCCAGCCCUUCGCCGCAUCCACCACAGAUGCAACCGCCGCAGAUGCCGAUGCUUCCACAUCAAGGCAGCUCCGGUGCCAUGGGAGGUCAGCAGCUUUACGGUCCUGGGGCGGGACUUCAGGCAAUGAAUGCGGCAGGAUACGGCUCGAUGGGCAUGGGACAACGGCCAAUGUAUGGAAUGGGAGGUCAGAGCCAAUUCAUGCCGCCAAACCCUGCACAAGGACAAGGCUGGCCCAGUCCUCAAACUCAAAACCAAGGGGGAGGUCAGUGGAAUCACGGAUUCCAGUAAUCAGGCCUGAAAUAAGGGUUGCAUGCGCAAUCGAGCGUCUGUCGCCCAAAUAUCUGAGUGGGUAUUGAUUUCAAGUCCAGCCAUGUUCGAAUUCUUACAAUCACGUUACUCGGGACGCCGUCGGAGCACAGAACAGCACAAGGCACGGGUGUACACACUUAAUGGAUUGUUUCUGCAUACACGGGAUAUGUGAGUUGUUGCAUAGCGAACGGUGUGUUGGAGGUGCUGUUUGACUGUUGAAGCACGUAAUAGGAGGACUACAGUGAAGCUUCGAAACAGGCCUCUGUCAUGAACAUCAGGUGGAUGGAGGCCUAGCAUUUCUAUGGGGUUAUCUUGUGGUCACUGAUUGAAUUGGUUUCGGAUGUUGUCGCUCUCUUGUUGUCUAUUCUCCGCUUGUCUCGAUUCUGUCGAGUCUGCCGCUACCAGCUGGUGUUGAUCCACCGCGAUCAUGUUUGAAUCGGGGCAGCUGCUGCGUGCCCUCUUCGGUCAUUGCCUUGCGGGCGAUUGUUGCUUUCGUUGUACAUCAGUUCCUGAACAUGUUCAUUUGAGGGCGUUCUUCGCAUGUGGGUUCGUAGUGUGGACGUGGAACACGAUUGAAACUUGAAGGGACAGCAUUCGCAUUAUUGGAUCUGGUCGAGUACUUGAACUACAGUUUUAAUGGGCUUCAAAUUUACGGAAGCAAGCACUAAUGAUGGACUCUAUUCCAUGGAUAACUUGAAGUACGAUGCACACUACUGUUGCUGGAUCAAGGCUGUUUUUUGAGCUCAUAUUAUUCUGCUUCACCCCCAACCUUCCACAAAUCUACUUGUCCAUGUCUUUGUCCUUGCCUUCUGUCGUGACGAUUCAC